GGGAGGAGCAAACAGUAUGAACCUGAGUGUUGUAGCUGCCUGCUGCAGCUCCAGAGCCGCACUGACUUUAACUGCAGGAAGCAAACCUCGUGUCUCCUGCAACAGCCUGCAGUCAGUUUGGUGUCCUGACUUUCACUGGAAGAACCAACAUUUGGUCUGAAAACAGCCGCUGGAGAGUGAAGCUGCGCAGUAACUCUUCCUAACUUCACCUCUGUCUGCUCCUCGCGUCUUUGGAAAGUCGGAAAGGACAGACAGGGAGGAAAAGAGCAGGAAAAACAGCUCUAAAAAAAGCAUGUUUACCUUCAUGUGUCUCCUCCUUCUUCCACAUGUGUUGCUCUCCUCGACAAAGGUGGCAGUGAUCUCUCCGCAGGAUCCCGUCCUGCGUAUCGGCUCCAGCCUGACAGCCAGGUGUGCGCUGAGCCCUGAACUCGGCCUCCACGCCAGCACGUUGUACUGGACGCUGAACGGGAUGCGUCUGUCCAGCAGCACCUACAGCGUGGUGAGCUCUGACAUCUUGAGCGUCACCCUUCACAGCCUCAACGGCUCCCAGCAGCAGUCUGGAGACAACCUGGUGUGUCACGGAGCAGAUGGACACGUCCUGGCCGGUUCUUGUCUCUAUGUGGGCAUGCCUCCAGAAAAGCCGGUCAAUUUAACGUGUUGGUCGCGCAACACAAAGGACUUGAGCUGCAAGUGGAGCCCGGGGGGGCGGGGUGAGACCCACAUCCGAACCAAGUACACCCUCAAGUACAAAUUGAGGUGGUAUGGGAGAGAAAAGGAGUGUGAAAAUUACAGCACAGGGAAGCAGCGUAACUCCUGCUACAUCCCCCACAACCUCGCCCUCUUCACCCCAUAUGAGGUCUGGGUGGAGGCAGCCAAUCAGCUGGGCUCCGCCACCUCUGACAUCACCACCCUGGACAUCCUAGAUGUAGUGACCACAGACCCUCCUGCCAACGUGCAGGCGAGUCGUGUUGGCGACCUCGAGGACCAGCUGACGGUCCGCUGGGCCAGCCCCCCCGAACUCAAGGACAUCCUGUUCCAGGCCAAAUAUCAGAUUCGCUACAGACUGGAAGACAGCACCGAAUGGAAGGUGGUGGAUGAUGUUGGUAACCAAACGUCAUGUCGUCUGGCAGGCCUUCGUUCCGGGACUGUCUAUUUUGUCCAGGUGAGGUGUAACCCAGUGGGCAUCUAUGGCUCCAGGAAGGCUGGCAUCUGGAGUGACUGGAGCCACCCGACCGCUGCCUCCACACCCAGCAGUGAGCGGCUGCAGAGUGGCUCAUGUGAUCCUAAGCCCGGUGAGCAGAACUCCACCCUGCGGCGGGAACUCAAGCAGUUCUUCGGCUGGGUCCGCAAGCACGCGUCUGGCUGCAGCGGCAUGUCAAUCAAACUGUACGAUCAGUGGAGGGUGUGGCUGCAGAAAUCGCACAGAACGCGCAACCAGGUAGAUUCUACCAGACGAUAAUUCAUAGCGCAGCCACCCGGCACCUGUGUGGUGUUUUAAUUCAUGGAUAACUGGCCAUAAUGGUCCCAGUCGUGUGAGAGGUCUAACGCCCUGGCUGACGUUUGAUCAUGCAGUCUUAACUUGAGUUUAAAGGACCCAGGUGGAAGAUAACUGUGAGUGAGACAAUGCAGCCUUUUACUGUCAUUUCCACUGACCAGACGUGUUCGAUCUGUUUGCACAAACACAAAUAUUAAAGCCCACAGUAACUGCACUUUUAUUCUUUUAUUCUUAUUAAAAGUUAUGGUAACAGUUUAGACUUAAGAGAAGAUAAGUAAAUAUCAAAAUGGCAACAAAGAAUUAUGCAGGCAUCAGAAAAAAUAUAGUGUAUUUCAGUGACAGUGGGAGUUUGAAAGAUAUCUUUCAAGGUAUUUUUGUAAAGCAAUCAUUGCCUUUUAUACUCUUUUAAAACUCUAAGAAAAUGUAUCAAUAUCCCCACUUAUAUUAUUGUUAUAAACACAUUACUGUCAGCAAACAGUUCAGAGAGAAGUAAAUGAAUCACUGAUGAGCAGCUUAGACAGUAAUCAGACAUCACGUGGUCUAAAAAUGUUAUUAUGUAUCAUCCAGUUAGUAAAAUUGAGAUAUUUCUAGACUGCAGAACUACUUUGGUUGGAUCACUGAUUGAAUCCCCACAACAUAAAGUCUCACUAUAUGUAAAAUGUACAUAAUUUCCUGUAUCUAUUUGUUUUAAGACAAUUUGAUACUGUUUAUAUUUUUGUAACUGCAUAUUUAAGGAACAUUGAUUUCUCUAAGUUAUAUUCUUUGACUAUCAAUAAUGUCUGAAAAAUACUGUGUCUUGUGUAUAGA